AUGUGUACGACUCCCAUGAUAACCAACUUUAAUCCAAACAACACGGUGGCCUCUGGUAAUUGUGGCAAGACAACCGCUGUGCUUCGGUUGAGUGACGGAAACUUUAAAGUUGAUUUCCUGUUUGCUGUGAAAAAUUCAACCUCUUCGGAAAAAUUCUAUCUGAAAGGAGUGGAUAUCACUGUGGCGGAUUCACCAAAUGCUACUAUUUCGGCCUCAAAUCACACCCUCAACAACUGGGAAACCACCAUGGGGAACUCAUACCUGUGCCGAAAAGAAGAAUCGAUCCUGGUGAGCCCUGGCUAUAAAAUAAACAUCUUUGAUUUAAAGAUCCAGCCAUUUGAAGUGGAAGAAGGGCAAUUUUCAGCAGCUGAAGAUUGCAUUCCAUCAGGGGACAACUUCUUCGUGCCACUCCUGAUGGCAGUAGCCUUGGUAGGCUUAGUUUGGUUGGUGGUGAUGGCAUAUUGUACUAAAAUUCGGCAUCGUGCUGGCUAUAGACAGAUCUAGCGGCGAAAAACCAAUGCAGGGUGAAGGCUUCCCUUUUCAAACUGCCAAGGAAGAAGGAUUGGUGUUAAUUUCUCACACUUGUUUGUAACUUUCCAAAAAACAAAAAAAAAUCGCACAAAAGAACUGCUCUACCAACAGAAAGACGUUGGGGUUAACGGUCGUUGGAUUGGUGACUUAUUAUGAUCAGCUUAGAAGAGACUCCUGAAUUUGGAUUUAAGCCAAUAGAAGCAUAGAAAGGACCUACCCAUUUUGGGGUGAUUUAAAGGCGGCCAACAUUGUAACUUUAACAUGUUCAGCAUCAUUUUGAAAGAAGAAGUACACUAAAUUAUACUAAAGAAAUUCAAGAAAAAAAGAGAUACAUGCUUCCAAACAGUUGGGUUUUUUUUUUUCAUACUAUGCUAGUGCUUUGCACCCUUAUGAAAAAGCUGUGCUGUUGAAAUGGGGUGUUUUUGUAAAACGUUGAUGUCACAAAAGCAUUUUUGAGGGUGUUGAAAUAUCCUGUGUUUGUUUUCUCUGCUGCUUCGGUUAAACCAUCUUGCAAAGACACCAGCCAGAAUUGCAAACCCAUGCAUGGAGAGUAUGUGUGUGUGUGUGGAACCAGAAAGUGUUGGCGUUCCUAAACCCAAGAUCGUGACUCGGUGUUGACUCUGCCUGAAAUGUGAACCAGAUUUUUGAACAGGGCAGCUGGAUUCACAUGUUACGAAGCCACGGCUUAAUACAAUAGCUACCCAGUCACCAUAAUAGUAAGCCAACAACUUGGUUUAGCCAGCCACAUGGGAUCAGGCUGGGAUGGGGGUUAACUAUUCUGGACAUAGUUAGAUCAUUCCUAUCUUCCCACAAGGUCAGCUACAAAGAAGUGCAAAUUAGCAAUUGUGCAAGUUAAGAGAGGGCCUGCUCUAAUUAGCCCUGUCUGGUAAGUGUUCAUUUGGGAAAGUUGGUAAAUCAGGAAGACAACUUAAGAGCCAAAUGGUUAAGACCAACCCACCAACCCUUACCCAACAUAAAUUAAAUUUAAGUAUACUGCU